CUGUUGACCCACUAUUUUCAUGUCAAAUCUGAUGGUUUUGCCUGCCAAAUCUUGUGCAAGCAAGAAGAAUCACUAAAAGCUGAGGCCUUAAAGCAGAGGGAGGAAGUAAAAGAGAAAUAUCUCAUUACGGUAUUUUGGAUCUUGGAGAAAAUAGUAUUAUUAUUAUUAUGCUAAGUCAUUGACCUAAUAUCAUAUAUAUAAGAAGACUCACGGCCUCAGUUUGGAAUGCUCAUUUGACACACGGAUCGAGAGCCACUAUCCUCCGAUACCACUACUGAAGACUUGGGGAAGAAGAUAGAGAGAGAGAGAGAACAUGGUAAGGGAACUGAAAAUAAUUACUGAGAAUGGAGAUGGGAUUGGUGGGAUCGGUGGUGCUUGCCUACUCUUUUGGGCAGCUUUGCUCACUCUUUCUUUGAUUUCAGCCAUAAUCUUCUCUUGUGCAGAUGGUGUAUCCAAGGACAAAUCUUCCUCAGGUGAUACAAAUUUUUAUGGCGGAGGAUGUGCUGCUGAUUGUGGCGGUGCAGGUUGUGGUGCAGCUUGUGGUGGAUGAAUCGUCUCUUCCUCAUUACUUGUACAAACCAGAAUGCUCGGACAAGUUCCAUUUAGCUUAAUUAUUCUGUCUUAAGGAGUGGCUGUGCUUGCCACUUUUGGAGAGAGAAUUGCAAAGAUGAUGUACUAACUAUCAAGGUUUAUGCAAUUGUAAGUGAAGUGAGCCAACUGGCUGCUGUUAAGGAAUACUAUAAAGCUGCACCUUCCCCAUAUAUGCCUUUUGUUGUCCUAGAGAACUGAUUCCAAUUAUCAUGGAAAGUGAAUGUCAAGACUCAUUUAAUUUUCCAUGUUUGCACUGAUGCUCCCUCCAACUAAGUACAAUAAUUAUGCUAUGAUAAAGCAUAUGUAGGUAGCUUACAUGCAUCUAUGUUU